UGUUGGAGCCAAGAACCGGACUGACCAUCCCCCCCUGCGCCCAACGGUGGAAGCUUGUCGUUGCAAAGGCACUGCGUAUUGCAACAGUGCGCAAGACCAACACCGAACCGGCCAGCCGCCAUGUCUACGCAACUUUCUGGAGAUCUGGUGUGGGAGAAGUCGUCCACGCGCAGGUACGCGCCACCGGGGGGGCAGACGUCCAUCUCUCUAGGGGACUACGCCGCCGAAGCCCCGGCCGCCGCCAACGGCGCCGCAAGCAAGGCGAAGGCGAAGGCGCAAAUGGCGUCGCCCCCGAGGGCACCCACACCCACCCGUGCCAAGUCGGCGAGGCCGACGUCCUCCCCCCCGGCGGAACUGGCUGUUUCCGCUGCGGGGCUCCGCGUCGGAGUGGCGGUGUGCGAGUCGGAGGCUCUCAAGUCGUCUACUGUGGCGGCACUCCAGCAGCUCGGCGCCAAGACCACGAUAUACGAGGUUUCCGACCCACUCCAGCUCCCGUUCGCCAUCCAGUGCAUGGUGCAGAAGACCGGAGUGUCGGUGGUAGUGGCCAUCGGUUUCCUGGUUGCAGAUGCCCACUGGUGUUCGAAGGAGGUUGGCGGAGCUCUGGUGAAGACGUUGCUAGAGCUGUCCCUGAGCCUGAAGGUCCCCGUGGUGAACGGCCUCUGCUUCCGUGCCGUGUCGGAGGGUGAUGCGGUCGCGCUCAGCGGGAAGCUGGCCAAGGGAGCGAUUCACAUGGCCUCCGUCCGCGACGGCAAGCAGGAGACCUACACAGUCUCGCGCGCCAUUCCCGCGUUAGGCAACAGCGGCGGCCUGGUCGCUUCCAACAGCCGCGGUCUCCCCCUUGGCCCCAAGCGGAGGUCGAGCGUGUUCGGGCAGACACGCGCGGUGCCAGCGGACCUCACCUCACUUCUGCUCGGCCUCAAGACCUCCCUCAAGGCCCACGGUGCGACCGGGAUGUUUGGUCUCGCGAGGCGGUUCCGGCUUUCGGACGACGACAAGUCGGGCACCAUCAGCUUCCACGAGUUCCAGGUGUGCAUGCGCGACGCUCACAUGGACUGGACAGAGGACGAGCUGAAGAACGUGUUCGAGCACUUCGAUACCGACGGCUCAGACACCAUCGACUACGACGAGUUCCUGUUCGCCGUGCGAGGAGAGUUGAACGAGAGGCGGGCCCAGGUUAUCCUCGAGGCCUUCGAGGUGAUGGACAAGGACAAGAACGGGGCUCUUAACGCCAGCGACCUCAAGAGUGUGUACGACGCUUCCCAGCACCCUGGUGUGGUGGCCAAGAGGCGCACAGAGGAGGAAGUCAUGGAGGAGUUCAUCUCCAGCUUCGAGGGGGAGAUUAAGGAUUGCAAGGUCACCCCUGAGGAGUGGUGCCGGUACUACUCCAUGCUGUCAGCGGGCAUGCCGGACGACGACGACUUCGAGCUCAUGAUGAGAAACGCCUGGCAUCUGCCGGGGGGGGUUGGUGCGAUGGCCAGCACGACAGGCAGGAGAGUGCUAGCCACGAGGGCGGACGGCAGCCAGACGAUCGAGGAGGUGAAGGGGGCCGCGGGCAUGGGCAACGCAGACACGAAGGCUAUGCUCAACAGCCUUCGCUCACAGGGGCUGAACGUGACGUCAGUGGCACUGUUCGGGAGCGUCGAUUCCACGGAGCCCCCCGCGACCAACGCCGUCGACAUGGCGGAGACCAUGAGCGUGGGCGGGCAGAGCAACGAAGGAUCCACGUACAGCGCCCCCAUCCGCCAAGGGCCCGGCGGUAACAGCAGUCUCGUGCUUGGCUAAGGAGGACCUAACCUACCUGCCUCCUGCUGUAUGCUAGCACGAAAGAAGAAACUAUAUAGAAGAGCAGAGCUGGGCGUAUACAUGGCACCAUGUAUUUCCAAACUUUUUUUGUUUUUGGUUCGAAAGAUUGAAAAACGAGGCCAUACGAGAGCGCAGGCAAACAGCGCCCUGUGACGAUCGCAGUAUUAUAGCUGUGGCAGCUGGGUGCCAGCCAGUCUCAUGUUGGUGUUAUUACUCUCACCAGGAGAGAAUGUGAUCGACUGUCACGAAGUACGCACAUGACAGCCAAACCUGUAUCAUUCGAAUCGUUUGCGCCCAUUUUUGUGUGGAGUUUCUUGUGUUGUUCAAAACGUAGCCUAGAAUAUGGUUAGUUUUUUCGGACGGAAGGGAGUGGGUGGGAGGGGCACAGUGAUCGGCGGUCAAGAAGCGCCUGAAGUGUAGUGAAUGAUGUUGCCGUUUUUUGCGGCUCUCCAAAUUUCUGGCGGAGGAGGACCCUGCAUGCAUUCCUGACACGGAGUGCGUUACUGCUGUUGUGCGUUGUUGUGCAGGAGGGGCUGGGGUCUGUGUGCGGUGUCGAGUGCGGGCGGGGAAGCGGGAUUCCGGUGUAUUCAGGCGUUGCGUAGGCGGGUUCGUAUGAUUCUGUGUGACUUGAUGCCGUUAGAGAAUGGAGGCAAGGCCGUGCAAUGAUGAUGGAGGCAAGGCCGUGCAAUGAUGAUGGAGGCAAGGCCGUGC